UUAAUGUCAAAGACAUCUAUUCCUUGUAUAACAAACAUGAACAAAAUUUCUCAUACACUUAUUAGCAAAGCUAAUCAAAAGGAAGAUGUUAUCGAUGAAGACUUCGAAAAUAUUAAAAAAGUUUUUCUACAAAGUUUAAAAUUAAAUAACUAUGACGAUGAAUUAUUUAAGAAAAAUGAAAUACAUUUCGUUAAUAAAGAUAUCUGGGAAAAACUACGUAAUAAACGUCUAACAUCUUCUCGUUUUUACUGUGCUUGUUCAUUUAAUCAAACAAAAAACAAAGAUUCAUUCUUGAAAAGGACAUUGCACGUUUAUAAUGAAAAAUCAAGUAAUACCAAAAAUAAUAUCCAUUAUGUUGAGCAAUAUGGCAUAGUUAAUGAGCUGAAAGCAAUACAACAUUUUGAGAAGAAAAUGGACGUAAAGAUUGAACCGUGCAGUGCAUUUAUUGAUAAAAACAUUAACUAUUUAACAGCAAAACCAGAUGGUAUAAUUGGAGAUGAUGGCAUUGUUGAAAUAAAAUGUCCAGUUAAUGCCCAAUAUUUUACUCCCGAAAAAGCUAUUAAAGAUAAAGUGAUAAAAUAUCUAUAUUACAAUGAGAAUAAAGAACUUAUACUAAAACGUAGUUCUGUUACUUUUUAUCAAAUACAAGGAGAACUGCACAUUUCAAAGAGACAGUAUUGUUAUUUAAUUAUUUGGACACCAAAAGGUAUUGUUUAUUGUAAAAUUCUUCGAGAUGACAAAUUUUGGAACGAUAAUAUGGAACAAAAACUUAUUGAUUUUUACGAAAACAUUAUGUUACCCGAAUUAUUAAAUUUUCAUUUUACUAAGAAUCUAAAUGUUACGGAUAUUUAACUAAAAUAUACUAAAUUAUUAUAUAGUCAUAUUUCAAAAUACUAAAAAAUCGACACAUGAUUGUAAAAAUGUAUUAUUCAUAGAUAAAAUAACAGUUAAGGAAAUUAAGCGUUUCUAAUA